AUGGGGAAAGGAAAACGAAAUCACAAGAAUAAAAAGAGUAAGCCCAGCAAGCCAGCAGCAGCCUCUGGCGCUGGUCGUUCUCAAGAACCGGUCGCGGCUUCUCCUCAAAUACCACUACCACAUUCAGAUUCUCCUAUACCGUCCACUGAAGACAAACCUCCUGUUGGCUCAAUUGGUAUUGGCGCGCCAAUUGAAAAUAAGUUACUCGAGACGCAUCCAUUGCCCGUCGAAAAAGGCAUUCCGAAAGCUGAAGAGAGUGGUGAAAGUGUCGAAAAAAUGUCUACAGGGACUGAGAACGAGCCAAUUCAUGAUUCAAUUAUGAUGGAGGAGGAGGAACGGACAGAUAAUGUGCCAACCAGUGUGGAAGCCGAACCAGCACCCCGGACGACCGGAAGCGGUGACAACAGCGAAAUUGAGCAGGACAAACAAAAAGAAGAGAAGGAAGUAUUAGAGCAGACAGAAGUAACUGAAAAGAAGGAGGAGGAGGAGGAGGAGGAGGAGGAGGGCGAGAACGAAGAGGAUCAAAAUACGUCUACGAAAACACCGAACCCCACAUCACCCGAAACAGCCUCACCAGCACAUACCUCGCACUCCGGCAUCUCUGUGGAAACCGAAGAACUCAAACACAAUCAUCUAAACCCUGAAGAUAUAGGUCCUCAACACACCCAAGUAGACCGCGAGACAAGGGAAUUGAGACAUAUCGACCUUGAGGGUGGAGAGAUUGGAUACAAUGUAGGAAAGGGUGACGACCAUGACCGAGGGUCAGAGCAUCAUGCUCCUGCGGAGCCAAUAAUUCAGCAUUCGACAAACGAGGCCCAGAGUGGUAUUGAGGAACCCUCAAAUGAGGCUUUGGAGGAGGAGAUAGUUAGAUGCGCAAAUGUUCCUGUUGAGGAGCCGUUAACGAAGAAUUCGGCGCAGAAUGCUGACAAGGAAUCAGUGGGGGCUUCGUCGUACGGGGAGGAGAUGACUGCAGCAAUACCGAAUGUGCUUGAGAACCAGUCAACACAUGGCAUGGAGGGGGAGACUGUUGCAUACGCCCAGGUUGCUGCCAGUGAUCCGCCUAACGGAGAGUCGGCGCAGGAGUGGAAGGACAGUAAAGAGGCGCAGAGCUCUCUCGAAGAUUCAUCGACAGAGAUCGCAGCGGAGGAAAUUGCCCCAAAGAUUCAAGAGUCGAAGGAUAUUAAUAUCAACGAUGGAAUUGGAUAUAACCUUGGUGAGGGCGAAAACAAUGGCCAGGAGUCAGAAGGUCAUGGCCUUACCGCGUCUGUGGCUGAAGAGGUUACUGCAGGGGGAUCAUCCUUAGCGAAGCUAAUAGACGAGCCAAGGGGGAUUGAUCAGGAAUCGGUAUCAGCGAUUGGUGGAGAGAGAGCUAAGCAAGUACAAAGUUCCGUGGAGGUGACAUCAUCUGAGGCUGUAGCGGAAGAGCCGACCCCAGAGACAGAGGAGCUUAAGGAUAUAGAUGUUAAGGGUGAGAUUGGAUAUAAUCUUGGGAAGGGCGAUAGUCAUGAUCACUGGACACAGCACCUUGCUCCCGCCGAAGGGUCAUCGACUGAAGCUGCGGUCCUCGAGACUUCUUCCGGCGCCGAGAGUGUGGGAAUCCCAACCCACGGACAACAGACUUCACAGGAUUCGCAGAACAUCGCAGAAGAAACGUCGCCUAGGGUUCCGGUGGAGAAGGUAUCACCUGAGACUGAAGAAUUGAAAGUUAUAAAUGUGGACGAUGAGAUUGGAUAUAACCCUGGGAAGGGGGAUGAUCAUGACCGAGGCUCAGAGCAUCAUGCUCCUUUGGAGGAACUAUUGGCGGAGAACUCAGCAGACAAGGCAAAGAUUGAUGCCGAAAAUCCAUCGGCCGAGGCUUCAUUAGGUGAAACAGUACUGGGCACGCAGGAACUGAAAGACAUCGAUAUGAACCAUGGUUCGGGAUAUAAUUCGGGAGAGGCUGAUACUCAUGCUCGGGCAUCAGAUCAUGCCCCUGCAGAGGAAGCAUCAAUUAAGACCGCAGCGGAUAAGGAAACUAAAGAGAUUGAAGGAAGUUUGACACACGACCAGGUAGCCGAAGAGCUGGAGGAAGCUUUUGAAGAGCUGUUGAUGGAGGAUUCAGCACACGAGCAGGAAAUUCCGGAGGACUUUAAGAGUUCUGAGGAUAUGCCGGCGGGAGAAGCAGCAGGGGAAGAAUUGGCUUUUGGUAUUGCUGCUGGAGUUCGUGAUUUGGAUAAUGAAGAUGAGUUCGCCGGAGAACAAAAGAUAGAUUCUGCGGCUGCGCAGGACGAAGCGUCAUUAGAACAGAGCGAUUCAUCAAACCUGCUCAAAGAUACUCCAGUCAAGGAAAUUAAGGAAAGCGGUCAGGAUCACGGUCUUCCUCAUAUGGAUAUAACGAACAACGAUAUUUCAAACAACGCCUAUACAGAGAACGCUAGUGAUACUAUCAAACAGCGGAGUGAGGAAAGCGCAAGAGAUGCAUCCUUACCAAAACCGCCACAAUUCAGGAUGGAUACACCGGAAAGGCAGGAGAUUGGGCGAGAAUAUUCUUUGGAGAAUCUUGCGCCUCAUAACUCGCUCGGUAUUGACAGUCUUGCGUCGGAACUCGGGAAGGCUUACCACAUCCCAAUGUCUAAUGACCCUUCCAGCAGAGGGGACACAAGCGAUACACCGUUGACCUACCAGGAAGAUUUCUUUUCCGAGCGACUUUCAGACCUAAGUGGUGAUCGCGAGAUUCUUGAAUAUGAGUGCACUACAAGAGACCAUUAG